AUGAACUCUGUCCAUUCUUCGUAUUCCGCACUAAGGCGCCAUCGCUGCCCGCACAAACCCACAAGGAUCUAUGAUACUGGACAACAGCCGUACCUCACAACCGAGUAUGUGGAAAAAUACCCCAAGUACAGCAACGUCUCUCCUCCCCAGAGCCUUAAGCCRAAGCAAGAGUAUCAAGCGCAUCGUGGCAAAAUGGAAGGAAUCACCACAUUUAAAUCUGAUUAUUUACCAUAUGAUAUUGUGAAGCGACCAUUUCGGGUACCAGAACAAUAUAAACCAAAGACCGGAGAAAUACAACUGGGAACAACAUAUCAGAAAGAUUAUAAUGCUCAUAAAAUACAACCAGCAAUGAUAGUAAGACCCUUAGAGAGAAAACACACUACAGGAGGAAAAUUGGACACCAUACCAACCUAUCAAGAUGACUAUAGGCUGUGGGGAGUUCAAAGAAGGGAACCUAAUAAGGUGGACCACACAUACCAUCCACCUACAGAGAAGUUUGGGAAUUCUACUACAUUCCAAGAUGACUUUGUUCCUAGGGAACUGAAUCCCAGGAAAAGUUUUAAACCUCUCUGUAUGCCCAAGCUUUCCGAUGUACCUUUUGAUGGCAUUACCAGCCAUCGCACUUCUUACAUUGCUCAUCAACUGGAACCAAAAUUUGUGCGAUCAAAAGAAGAAUACAGGCCAAGCAACAAACCCUUUGAAGAUCUCACAACCCAUCGGAAUGAUUUUAAGGGGUUACCUGGGCAGCUUGCAAAAAGCUGCAAGCCUGAAAAUACUAAAGUUGAGUCAAAUGCUCAUUUUAACGGGCUCACCGAAUUCCAGGAUCGUUUUCAGCCAUGGUCAGUCUCCUUGCCCGAGGUCCGCAAAACAAAAGAAUACAUUCCACCCGCGGGGAACAUGGAUUUCCACUCCACAAGCCACCUUGAUUAUGUUAAACACCAGAUUUCUCCUGUCGUCCCAAUAAGACCAGUUUCUAAUGGAAGAAGAAUCGAUGCCCCUUUCCAAGGGAAUACUACCACAAAAGAUGACUUUCAAGCUUGGGACAGCUGUCGGCAAGAAAUUAUUAAAAAACAUGAGGAAAUUCCAAAACCCACAGGAAAAUUUGAUGAUUUAACCACAUUCAAAUCUCAUUACACACCACAUGAGAUUAUUCCAGCUCAAAGUUUCAAGCCUUUACACGUUGUGCUUCCCAAUUCAGCUCGUUUUGAGGAUGAAACUAUGUACCGCACAGAAUAUACUCCAAAGAAACAAGAGAUGUGCCCAGCAAAUUAUCCAUCUCCUCCAGGAUACAUCUAUGUAAACACAGAUUCCCAUGGUCACAAAUUCUUCCGCCAGCUUACUCCAGAAAUUUCUGAACCAAGUGGUAAUCAUGUUCCAAAGGAAAUAGCUGUUGUGUCAUGAUAUUCCGAAGUUUUAUUUCAAGCAGCUUUUGCUACUGGUUCAUUUUUCCUUAGAUAAAACUGAGAGCAAAWCAAAUAAUGCAUGUUUUGAUUUAAAAACAUUAA